AUGGCCAAAGAAGCCAAGGUGGAAUUCCUGACAAGGCUCAUCCAGGAGGCAACAGGCUUCCUCAAAGACGCGGUGGCCCCUGGAACGUCGAAACCUUCUGUACAGGGCCUCUCCGACAGCGAGGAGGAGGGCCCCGAGCCACUAAAGCUCACGGCACAAGACAUCCUUUCCGGAAGGCAAGCAGUUGAUGUGACCAAGGGCUAG